UAUCAUUUAUGGUUUUAGCGUGCUAUGAUGCGCUUCUCUGAACUUGAGAUGAAGCAACGGGACGAUAAAGUUUCUGAAGAAUCAUUAGAGGACAACAAAGUAAGUGACACCGACUGCAGAAACCUCACUGGGAAAAAGGAAAAGAAGUCAAAGGGAGAUUCAGAAGAAGAGAACACAUCUGUGGAAAAUUUUGAAGCCUUCCGAAAAAAGCAAAAGAAUGGAUUCCGAGAUUUCAUUCCACUUUUUCUGAAAGUGCAAACACGAAGCCAGUCUGAUGAUCUAGAUGGCAACGAAAAAUACCUAGAUGGGUUGGUUGAAAAGUAUAAAAAUGGAGAAUAUUGGACAGAUCAAACCAAUACAGAGAGUUCCACCACUCAGAAAGAAUCAGCUUCGAAUGAGGAGUUUGAAAAAACUCUACGAACUUAUCAUCACAAUGAUGCUAGCUGUUGUUCUGAGUUGAGCUGUGAGAAGAAUGCCCAAUAUUGCAAGGAAAGGUUACAGGACAAACAGAAUGAAAUAAGCACUCAUGAAGUACAAUCAGAGAUGAAGGACCAUCAUGAGAAUUGCAUCAGUCAAGCUGUGCAGCCAGACACUUCCAAGACUAAAAGAAAAAGACGAAGUUCCAUCACUGUAGAUGAAUGGACUGAGAAGGAGAUGAAUGAUGAAUCCACAGACAACUCAGAAGACUCACAUUCAAGUGAAGUAACAAACCUAAAGGUGUGCAUUGAGCUGACAGGACUGCAUCCCCGCAAGCAAAGGCACCUGCACCAUCUAAGGGCACUCUGGGAGCAGCAAGUGUCUCCUGACAGAUCCACUCCCUCCAAGUCAGGUCGGCUCAGUAAGAAAGAGUUAGCUGGGGCCAAGGAGCCAGAGUUCAUGGCAAAGGAAACUGAAGUCAAAGACAGGGUAGAAGAAAGAAACACCAGGAAAGGAUCUGAGGCCAAAUCCAGCAGAAUUGGAUCUGAGGAGACCUUCAAUAGAAAUGACAUUGAAAAAGGUUUAUCUACACCUCCAGCAUCUCCAAGGAAAAGGACAAUUUCAUCUGGCAUGACAAGCAGCAACUGGCAAGUACAGCGAAAGACAAGCACACCAGCAUCACGAUCAUCAAAUAAACGGCAAAGAAACAAGGAAAGCCGCAAGCGUGGUGUCUCGUGUUCUGGAGAGGAAGAGGACCAUCUACAUUCACCAGUUUCACCAAAGUAUUCAAGCACCGAACGGGAGAAACCUUCAGGAAAGCGCCAAUGUAAAACAAAACACCUAAUGCGUCAGGAUAGAAGACGGUCAUCACUGACAGCAGAUGACUCAACUGAUGUUGAGAGCUCAGAAGAAAAGCAAACCAGUGUCAGCAGGAAUUCUAGAAAACGUCCAGCACCAACCACAGACACAGAUUCCACACCAAAGAAAACAUGUGAGCAGAAGUCUGCUGAUCAUCUGUUGCAGAUUCCAUUAUUCCUGCAAUGCUCCCGGCCCUUGACUGUACAAGCAGUCAGCACUCCACAGGAGACAACUCCAAGCCGUCCCAUGCCUCCAGAAGCACGCAGACUCAUUGUCAAUAAAAACGCUGGUGAGACUUUGCUGCAAAGAGCAGCACGUCUAGGCUACGAGGAAGUAGUACUGUAUUGUUUAGAAAACAAGGUUUGCGAUGUAAAUCAUCGCGACAAUGCCGGUUAUUGUGCUUUGCAUGAAGCCUGUGCCAGAGGAUGGCUCAGCAUUGUUUGUCACCUUCUAGAACACGGAGCUGAUGUUAACUGCAGUGCUCAGGAUGGGACAAGGCCUAUUCAUGAUGCCGUAGAAAAUGAUCACUUGGAAGUCGUUCGGCUGUUGCUUUCAUACAGUGCAGAUCCAACCCUGGCCACUUACUCAGGUCGUACUAUUCUGAAAAUGGCACAUAGUGAAGUGAUGGAAAUGUUUCUCGCAGAGUACUUUGCUGAUUUGCAAGGUCGAAGCAAUGAUGACCCUGGCUUGUACUGGGAUUUCUAUAGCAGCUCUGUGUGUGAAUCAGUAGAAGAGUCUGGCUUUGAUGUCUUGGCUAAUCCACCAGGCCCCAGUGAUGAAGAAGAGGAGUAUGAUGAUGUGUUGGAAUUUGAGUUUUCUGACACACCUCUUUUACCUUGUUACAACAUUCAGGUCUCUCUCUCUCAGGGUCCCCGGAACUGGUUGCUACUAACAGACGUAAUCCGGCGACUGAAAGUUUCAACCCGCGUCUUUCGCUCCUCUUUCCCUCAUAUUGAAAAUGCCACAAUUUCAGAGGCAGAGUUCUACAGACAGGCUUCUUUGAGCCAACUUUUUACCUACCCAGAGAACUUUGAAACUCAUGACAUUGACAAUAAAGAAACUUUGGAGCUGGUGGAAUUCACAAGCGAACUUCAAGAACUAUUGGGAUCAUCUAUUACGUACCUUUAUUCUGACAAUGAGGUUGAAACAUACAAUUAACUGCGAAAGGACUAGGUCACGUAUUGGCUGCUGUUCUUGCAUUAUGGCCUACAUUCAAGAAAAAACUGUAAAUUAUGUAAAUGAUGUGCUAUUUCAUGGAUCGUUGUGUUUGGAAAAAACACUAUUCUGAAUACUAAAUGACACUGUUGUCUAUGUUCUUGUACAUUGAAAGCCAGAAUUCCAUUUUGGAUGGACUUGUGAAUUUUUCAAAAAGAAAUCUCCCUGUUUAUAAUUUUUUUUGUAUGCUGUCUGUUUCCUAUCUUUCUGUAAAUGUAAUUUUCUGCUUUUUGGCAGGUAGCCCAAAUUAGGAACUUUUUUCCUGGCACACUGCAUAUGUAAACACAUUCAUUUGAUUGUUAUUUUGUUUUAUUUUAAAGAAGCACUGAUUUUUAAGAUGGUGUCCACUUUCAGAUCCUGUGGUCCCUGUCACAUGAUCUGUUUAGGAGGCUUGGUUGUGUUGAGGCACUUCACUUUAUUGUUUACAAAUUUACUUGCCGUGGUCAGGUACACUUGUAAGAUAAUGAAAACUGUGUCCUUGUUUCAGAAGUACUCUGACUUGGAUUCACUUUUAGAUAACCACAUACACACACAGACAUCAUCCAGUCCUUUAUACAUACAGAUAUGUAAACAUGUUUUACAUUUUUGCUUUUAUUUAAAAAUGAAUUUAAAAUAUUUUUUCUGUACUUUGUACAAAAAAUUAUGAAAUUUAAAAUUUUUGAGGAUUGUACAAUAAAAUCUGUUUUGUCAAGAGUGGAGUUAUAUACUGUGGAUGUUGGGGAACUAAAUGUUUCUGAUAGUUGUAUAAUAUUUUAGAACAUCUGUUUAACUUUGUAAGUAAAACUGCUGUAUAUUUAGGUUUAUAUUUUACAGUGACUAAAACAAUUUUUCCUUAAAACAAAAGCCAAAAAAGGAAAUGUCUGUAAUAAAGACAUUGUUUGAUAAAGGGA